AUGUCCCGCCCGACGCCCUACAGCGGGCGAACUCGUGCAACGGCUCCUCGUCAAGGCUACGACCUCCCGGCCACUCUCGCCGCGCACUCAGCCUCCAGCUCCCUCGACACAGCUUCCUCCUCCCCGACCUGCCGAGGCUACGGCGACGAGUGGGCCGCCGACGGCAACGACCGCCUCUCGAGCCAGCACCUCGGCCUCGGUGCCCUCUCGUUCGGCGUCUUUGCGAUCCGCGACAGGUUCUCGGGCUACAUCGUCGCGCUCGAGUGUGUCCCCGACACGUGCGACGCGGACAGCCUCGCAGACGUCUUCCUCACCGCCGUCGAGUUGGAGCAAGGUGUUCCGUCGAGGCUCGUCAUCGACAACGGGCCCGAGAACGACAAGAUGCUCCAGGUGCAGGUCACGCUCCACGACCGGUUCCGUCCGACGCAGACUGAAAGCUCGCCGCCGCCGUACGAGGUCAAGACGCCCAACGCGAGCCUGCUCAACCUGUGGUCCCAGUGGAUGCGCAACGAGGGUCGCAUGCUCCAGCACACGAUCCAGGUCGACGCGGGCCCGGCUGGCUUUGACCCUGACGACGGCCUGCACCUCGCGGCGGCCCUCUUUGUCUGGUCCCAGGUCAUCCAGGCCCACCUCGACGCCGUUCGCCGCAUCGCCAACAUGAUGCGCGUCCGCCGCCAGCCCAACAAGGUCGCCGGCCUCAUCUCGGGCCACGUGCCCGACAUGGCCCGCCGCGGGUGGCACGGCGGCGAGCGCUGCAUCGUCCCCUGCAGCCUCGACGUUGUGCGCGGCCUGCGCAGCAGCGGCGUCGUCGGACCGACGCUCGGCUUUGUUGGGGCCGAGUUUGAGGUGGCGGCGCACUGGGCGCACGACGAGAUGGGCCGCCCGGCGCUGCGGCGCGUCAACGCGUGGGACAUCUGGGACGAGCUCUGCGAGAGGCUCUCGUAGCAAUCUGUUCAUG